CUAGUUAGAAGUUGUAAACCACCUGUUGUGAGUGCUGAGAACCACUAAUGUCCUGCAAGAGCAAUAAUUGGUAACUCCAGCCAGCUCUCCAGUCCUUUCCUUUAUGAAACUGUCUUGCUGUGUAGCCCAGGCAGUACUCCUGCCCCCAACCUCCCAAAUGCUGGGUUAUGGUCAUGAACUAUCUGGCCAGGCUGUAAAGACUGCUUGAAUAGUAAAGGUACCAUCAGGCCAGGUGUGUUGGCUACAGGGGAGAAUCUGUCUCAAACUGGUACAUCUAUAACCCUACUUGAGACCUAGUGGGUGGUGUGCACCUCUAAGAAUUGCUGCUUAAACCUGGGGUUCAAGUUCGUCCUAGCCAAUGGCAGGACCCUACCUCAAAACCCUUCCUUUAGCCCUCUCUGCUAUAGGCUCCUGGUAGCACUUGAGCUGGUUAGGUUUUGGGGAGUUGGUGACUGUUUGUCUCUUGAGCUGGUGGAGGGCCCUAGGGAGUAAGGAAGGAUGUACUUGCUAAUUAGCUGUGAACUGAUUUCUGAUGUACAGAAGCUUUCCUCUGGAGGAGGGAGGGAGAAGGCUGAGGACGUGCAGAUGCAGUCAUUAGACACACACAGGGACAUGAUUUAAUCAGUGCCGCCGAAAGCCUCAUGCCUGUCCUGUACCCUGCUUCAAACAGUGUCUUCUAUUUUUGUUGUUACUGCUUGAGACCAGAUCAGAUCUUGUUGUCAGAGCUGGUAUUGACCUCUUAAUUCUCUUGGCUUCUUUUCCCCUUUACCUUGAGACUUGAUGGAAAAGUCGUAGACGUGUGCGCAUAUGGGAAAGAAGUAUGGUCGUAGCUGGAUACCUGCUGGCUAGGGAGUGAGGAAGCAAAAGGAGUGAUGGCCUCCUUCUUCCCCCUUUCGUCACCUUCCAGAAUUUAAACCAACCUCAUGAGCUUUUUCCAGGACCUCAGGAAACUCCCUCCUACCCCUCACCACUUAGCAUAUAGGUUAGACAGAGCGUGUGUUCAGUGUUGUGUGUGCCGCAGUCAGGUCAUGAAUACCAACCUUGAACUCAAUAGGGUACUACGUAGGUCUCCAAAGUAGGAGUUGUGCUUGGUCCUGACGGUGGCAGGGGUGGCAUUGUCAUCUUGGAAAACACAUUACCACGUUACAGCAGAUUGUAAUUUCUGAGAUAAAUACAGGAAAAAAAUGGUAUUGAGUAGCAGCCUUUUUAAAUCACUUCUAUCUUAUGUGAGCUGCCAUGUAGGUGCUGGAAAUUGAACCCCAGUUUUCUGAAAAGAGCAGCCAGCUCUCUUAACCACUGAACCCAUCUCUCCAGCCCUCAGGUUCCCCCUUGUCUUGCCUUUGUCUUCUCUGUCCUUUCCUCUGCAGUGACUUUGGUCCUGACAUGGACCUUUUCCUGCAGAUUUUAUUUUGUCUCAGCAAGGGAAGACUUGGUUAGAAGGGUGUGCUGCUCCACCAAAGCAGCGGCAGAAGAGAAAGCACCCUGUUUUGUUUUAAAAAGACAUAAUCUAAUGUAGCCUAGACUGGUCCCAAAUUCAUUGGGUAGGUGACAGACCUUGAACCCUUGUUCCUCCUGAUUCCACCUUCUAAGUGCUGGCAAGUACAAGCUUGUGCCGUUGUGUGUGUCUUGUUGGAGCUCUUAAAACUAUUAAGGGUGGUGGCGGGAGGCAGAGGCAGGCGGAGCUCUGAGAGUUUGAGGACAGCCUGGUCUACAGAGUGAGUUUCAAGGACAGUCAAGGCUACAUAGAGAAACCCUGUCUCGAAAAACCAAAAAAUUGGAGUGGGAGGGACUAUUAUUAACUGUCUCUCUCCUGAAGGUUCCCUCAGAGAGCUAGCUGCUGUCCAGUCCUUCCCUGGCUUUGCAUUGUUAUGGCACCACCUGGUGGCUGUUGACUGUAUGCCAGGACAAAACCUGACUGACGGUUUUUUUCCUCAGCCAGCACCUGACAGGGAUCUGAUUCCAUCCAUUCUUAAUACCCUUACUGUUUUCAGAUGGAGAACUUGAGGCAUGGGAGCAACCUUAAGACUCAGAGCCCAGGACUAGGAGUGGAAGACUGCUCCUUGUCCUUCUGCUGCGCCAUGCCAGGCAACUGGCAGGAAAGCACUGUAAGAAUGUGGGGCAGCAGGAAUCUAGGAAACCUCCCCAAGGUUGCAGACGCUGACGGAUUUGCCCCAGAGUCGGAGUAGCUGCCACCUGGAGAUUCCACAGCCAUGAGUGGGUUUAACUUUGGAGGCACCGGGGCCCCUGCUGGCGGCUUUACAUUUGGCACUGCGAAGACUGCAACCACUACACCCGCCACUGGCUUUUCCUUCUCUUCUGGCACUGGAGGGUUUACUUUUGGGACUCCCUCCCAGACAACUGCAGCCACCCCUUCCACUGGCCUCUUCUCACUCUCCACACAGACCCCAACCACACAGACACCAGGAUUCAACUUCGGGACAACACCUGCUUCUGGAGGAACUGGCUUCUCCCUGGGGAUCAGCACCCCAAAGCUCAACCUGAGUAACACAGCUGCCACAUCAGCCACAGCCAACACUGGCAGCUUUGGACUUGGUAGUAGCACCCUUACCAAUGCCAUCUCAAAUGCUGGCACCUCCAGCCAGGGGACAGCCCCCACUGGCUUUGUAUUUGGGUCCUCUAACACUUCUGCUCCAUCUACUGGCUCCACAGGGUUCUCAUUCACCAGUGGCAGUGCAUCCCAGCCUGGAGCCUCUGGCUUUGGCAUUGGCUCUGUGGGUAGUUCAACCCAGCCCACAGCACUGUCUGGCUCUCCCUUCACUCCAGCCACGCUGGUGACCACUACAGCAGGAACAGCACAGCCAGCUGCUGUUGCACCUACUGCUGCCACCACCAGUGCAGGGUCCACACUCUUUGCUUCCAUAGCGCCUGCUCCUGCCUCAUCCAGUGCUACAGGGCUCUCCCUCUCAGCUCCAGUGACAACUUCAGCCACUCCUAGUGCUGGGACUCUGGGCUUCAGCCUCAAGGCCCCUGGGGCAGCUCCUGGCCCCUCCACCACCAUCUCCAGCACCACCGCCUCUACCACGACCACCUCCACCACAACCUCUGGCUUUGCCCUGAGCCUGAAGCCACUAGUGUCAGCUGGUCCCAGCAGUGUGGCCACUACUGGGACUGUUCUGCCUGGCUCCAGCAGUGCAGCUGGGACUACCACAGGUCCCGCGAUGACCUAUGCACAGCUGGAAAGCCUGAUCAACAAGUGGAGCCUGGAGCUGGAGGAUCAGGAGCGGCACUUCCUGCAACAGGCCACACAGGUCAAUGCCUGGGAUCGCACACUGAUUGAGAACGGGGAGAAGAUCACCAGUCUACAUCGGGAGGUGGAAAAGGUGAAGCUGGAUCAGAAGCGGCUGGAUCAGGAGCUAGACUUCAUCCUGUCACAGCAGAAGGAACUGGAGGACCUGCUGAGCCCAUUGGAGGAGUCAGUGAAGGAGCAGAGUGGCACCAUCUACCUUCAGCAUGCGGAUGAGGAGCGUGAGAAGACCUUCAAGCUGGCUGAGAACAUCGAUGCACAGCUCAAGCGCAUGGCGCAGGACCUCAAGGAUAUCAUCGAGCACCUGAAUAUGGCUGGUGGCCCUGCAGACACCAGCGACCCACUGCAGCAGAUUUGCAAGAUCCUCAAUGCACACAUGGACUCCCUGCAGUGGGUGGACCAAAGCUCUGCCCUGCUGCAGAGGAGAGUGGAAGAGGCCAGCCGCGUUUGUGAGGGCCGCCGUAAGGAGCAGGAGCGCAGUCUGCGCAUUGCCUUCGACUAGCCCAGCAUGAAUGGGAGGGGCUCCUUGGGUGGUUGUGCUGUUGAGGAAUGUUCUUUGGCUUGACUUCCACUCAGCAGAAGUUGUACAGGCAUGACACUCUAUUGUGCUCUGGGGCCCAGCAUGAAUGUCACUGAGCUCUAGGCCAGCAUUUAAAGAACAAAGACAAGGGUUCCAUUCAGUGCUGCCUCACGGCAGCUUCAGUUCCAAUCCAUCCAACUUAGCCCUCAGUCACUCCAGUAUGGCUGUGACUGGGAUAGAGCGCUCCGCUCCGAAGGAGAUACUGGCCAAGAAACUUACCUGGGAUGGAGACUUGGUGGGUUUGAAAGCCCAAGGUUUCUGCUCUUCUCCAGCUCCCAUCUCGCCCAGGUCCUCCAGAGCGUCUGCCACACAAAGCAGGUCACCGAGGCAUGGUGAGCUAACAACUGCUUUGCCUUGACUACCUCCUUCACUCCUAGAUGAUGAGCUCCUGUGGCAGGAACUGAUUACCCUUGAGGCUAGAGUGACGGCAAAUUUGCUUCUGGAUAUCCCAGUGUCAAAACUAUCUUAGUCAGAUGCACAGUGGUGAAGGCCAGCAGUCAUGUCCUGGUCUGUUUUAUUUCCUUGUACCUUGCUGUAGCCUCUGUGAUCUCUGAUCAAAUGUUGCUUUUCUAAAUAAAGAAAAAUUUGUGAAAUCAGA